GGGGCCCCAUGAGAUGCCCCUGGUACCUUUUUUAAUAGGCUUUUGUGAGUUUGGGCAAGGACACAGGGGCCCCAUGAUCGCCUAUUGCCCGGGGGCCCCAUGAGUUGUCAGUCCACCCCUGUGUACCAUGCACAGUUGCACCAGAUUUUGCACUUUCCAGUUUUAGUAAAUCAACCCCAGGAUGUUUUUACGUGUUUGUUUGUUUUUUAUUUAUAUGUAUCUACAACAGGGCAAUCAUUUUAUUGCUAGCCAUAUACUAAUUGCAUUUGUCAGGAACAGGGGCGGACUGACCAU